AUGAUGAAGAUAUUGAGGGACUAUGAGAAGACUUCUGGACAACUUGUUAACAAUGAUAAGAGUUCAUUGUAUGUUCAUGAAAAGGUACCAGUAGCUGUUAUUAGCGGGAUAAGAAGGAAAUCUGGCAUGGGGAAAGGUUCUUUUCCUUUUACAUAUCUGGGGUGUCCAGUUUUCUAUGGUAGGAGGAGAUUAGUCUAUUAUGAUAAUAUGAUAAAAAAGGUGAUGAAUAGAGUAAUGUCUUGGCAAAACAGGUUACUGUCAUUUGGUGGAAGAUAUAUCUUGAUUGCACAUGUCUUCCAUACAAUGCCAGUUUAUUUACUAUCUACAAUGAAUUCAAUGAAAGGCGUCAUAGAUCAGUUGCACAAGAUUUUUGCUAAGUACUUCUGGAGUAAUACUACAGGUGUUAAAGGAAAGCAUUGGGUGGCCUGGGAUAAGAUGUGUUUACCAAAACACGAAGGGGGACUUCGUUUCAGUUCACUUUAUGAUAUAUCAAAAGCUCUCUUUUCAAAACUCAAGUGGAACUUCAGAACUUCCAUUUCUUUAUGGGAAGAUUUUAUGGGAAUCAAAUAUUGCAAGAAGUUGCAUUCUGUAAUAGCACAAGACAAAGGAUCCUCACAUGUUUGGAAGAAAAUGGUGGCAGUUAGAGAAGAGGUAGAGCAUCAGAUAUGGUGGCAAUUGAAAGCAGAUAAUGAAUUGGAUAUUGAUGAGGAAAUAGAAGUAAAGGAGUUCAUAUCUGGUGGAAAAUGGAAUUUGCAGAAACUGCAGGAAUUUCUUGCUGCAGAAACUGUUGGUUACAUUAAGGAUAACAUUAGUCCAAACCUGCUGCUAGUUGAUGAUAAAUCCUGGUGGAUGGGUGAAACAAAUGGUUUCAACAUAGAAGGACUUCAUUUGCAGGAAAUAAUCAUAUUAUGGUGGAAAGCCAAUGCACCUUCCAAGUUGCAAGGAAUUUUUCAAGCUAUUCCAGCCAUCCUACUAAUUCCUCCAGACUGGCCUUCUGUUGUAGAUCUUUUAACCAAUUACAAACUAAAGCUUCACUACCGCAAAGUUCGAUGGAAGACGCCACAACAUGUACUGAAACGUAACACUGAUGAAUCAUCUCAGGGAAAUCCAGGUCUCAGUUCAUAUGGCUUUUGCAUCAGAAAUGAUAGAGGUAAUCUUGUAUAUGCACAGGCUAAGCAGAUAGGCAUUGCUUCAAACAUGAUGGCAGAAACAGCUGCAAUUCAGGAAGCCAUGAAAUAUUGUUUGGCAAACAACUUAUAG